CUUCCUUCUCCUGCCAGCCCUGAGGUUCACUUUCACUUCCAGCCGGCUGGUCAGGAGCUGCUACAUGCAGGCCCAGCGCCUGUUCCCUGUUCAGUCAGUAAAUGCUGACCACGCCCGCCCUGGCUUUGCUUCGCCACUAAAAUCAGGAGUCAAGACUUCUCCGCUGGGGCCUCAAGCCAUCCAGGAGUCUUUUAAGCAAGAAGAGCCUCGGGAGUAAGGACAGGAAGAAGCCAGGGGACACGUACUAUGGCUUUAAAAAUCCUGAACAUACAAGACGAGGUGUUCUGUCCCAUCUGCCUGGAGCUUUUGACAGAAUCCCUGAGCCUAGACUGUGGCCACAGCUUCUGUCAAGCUUGCAUCACUGCAAACACCAAGGAGGCAGAGAUCAGACUAGAAGGGGAAAACAGCUGUCCUGUAUGUGGUGUCAGAUACUCCCUUGAAAACCUAUGGCCUAAUCAGCAUCUGGCUAACAUAGUGGAGAAAAUCAGAAAGGUCCAGUUGAACCCAGAGGAGGAGCUGAAGAGAGACCUCUGUGUGCGCCAUAAAGAGAAACUCCUGCUCUUCUGUAAGGAAGAUAGGAAGAUCAUUUGUUGGCUUUGCGAGCGGUCUCAGGAGCACCAUGGUCACCACACAUUCCUCGUGGAGGAAGUAGUCAAGGAAUGUCAGGAGAAGCUCCAGGCUGCUCUGGAGAGGUUGAAGACAGAGCAGCAGAAAGUUGAGAAGCUAGAAGCUGACAUCAGAGAAGAGAGAACUUCCUGGAAGUACCAGAUACAGACUGAGAGACAAAGGAUAAGAACAGAAUUUAAUCAGCUUAGAAGCAUCCUGGACAGUGAAGAGCAGAGAGAACUGCAAAAAUUGGAAGAAGAGGAGAAGAGAAUACUGGAUAACUUGGCUGAGGCUGAGGAUGAUCUGGCUCAGCAGAACCAACUGGUGAAAGAACUUAUCUCAGAUCUGGAGCAUCGCAGUGAAUGGCCAACAGUGGACCUGCUGCAGGACAUGAGUGGAAUCAUGAAAUGGAGUGAGAUCUGGACACUAAGGAAGCCAAAAACUGUUUCAAGAAGACUGAAGAGUUCCUUCCAUGCUCCAGAUCUGAGGGCAAUGCUGCGCAUACAUAGAGAGCUAACACAUGUCCAGUGCUACUGGGUGGAUAUCACACUGAAUCCAAUCAACCUAAAUUUAAACCUUGUCCUUUCAGAAGAUCAGAGACAAGUAAUGCCUAUGCCAAUUUGGCCUGUUAAAUCUUAUAAUUAUGGUAUCUUGGCCCAAAACUUCUCUUCAGGGAAACAUUACUGGGAAAUAGAUGUGUCCAAGAAGACUGCUUGGAUCCUAGGAGUAUACUGUAGAACAUGUUUCCGUAAUAUAAAUAUGCUGUUAGACAAGGUACAGAUUAUCAAAAUGUUCUUCUCCAGAUACAAACCUCAAUUUGGCUACUGGGUUAUUGGGUUACAGAAUAAAUUUGAGUAUAAAGCCUUUGAGGAGUCUUACACAUCUGAUCCCAAGGUCUUGACUCUUUCCAUGGCUGUUCCUCCCUGUCAUGUUUGGGUUUUCCUAGACUAUGAAGCAGGCAUUGUCUCAUUUUUCAAUGUCACAAACCAUGGAUCACUCAUCUACAAAUUUUCUAAAUGUUGCUUUUCUCAGACUGCUUAUCCAUAUUUUAAUCCUUUGAACUGUCCAGGCCCCAUCACCCUGUGCCCACCGAGCUCCUGAACCUUCUUAGUCUCUCAUCCACUUCUGUGUGGCACCUCUUGUCCUGGGCUCAUCUACACCUGAGCUACCCGCUUCCAUCCUUUCUCCUUUUAUUUAGAAUGCCUUUGUGCAUGCUUUUCUGCAUGUAUGUAAAAUGAAUGUGCACUUUUUACCUUUUUGUUUCUCAUUUAAUUCAACUACCUUUAUAGUUUUGUUAUUGUUGUACUUUAGUAGUUGUCUGUGGUUUAAGCCUAUGUCAGUACCUGAUAUUUUUUUUUCAAGAUUAUUGAGGCUCUGUUCAUUGUUUUCAUAUUGGAUAAUUUGUAUUAAUCUACUUUGAAGUUCCACUUAGUCUUUCUUUUGUGAUCUGGAUUUCUCUUAAGCCAGUCCUACAUAUUUUUUGAGUGAUUGUGGCUUUUAGUUUUAGAAUUUCAAGUAACAAAACUAUUUUUAUUUGUCUUUUGACAUUUCCUAUUUGCUCAUUAGUAGAACCAUAUUUUCUUUCAUAACCUUAACCUUAGAUUUGAGGACUGCUGUUAAGUCCUUGUCUUUUUUUGUUGUAAAUCCUUGUAAAUAUGAUAUCUGGAUUAUCUUGGAGUUGAUCUCAUUGAUUGCUUUUGCUCUUGAGUAUGGACCAUGUUUUCUAUUUCUUUGUAUGUUAAACAAUUUUAACAUGUACCUAAAAUUCCCCCAGGGAAUUGUGAAUGGGAUGUAAAGGACAUCUGAUUCAGUAAUUUUUCUGAAGAAUAUUUGUUCUUCAGGUAGGUUAACUUGGUUGAACUCAAAUCCUAAAUUCUCCCCUGCAUUUGCAGCAGGUGAACAUUGAAUCUCUAGUCAGUUCUUGUAGCUCUAUUUGGGCUACUUGGUAUCUGUCUCAAACAUGUGUUGUCUGAUUGUUGCUGAGUGGUACGUACAGUUUGGGAUUCCUUCUCUCGAUCUCUCUUUUACAGACAUUCUUUUGCCAUUUUUCAGCUGCAGGUACAUCCUCAAAUUAUUCUUCUUGCUCUUCAAGUUAAUAAGUCUGUAUGUUGCUGAGUUUAAUGUACUACUUACUACUAAUGAGGUUUGCUUUCAAAUAAAAAACCCACAAAACCAGGAAACUCCUCCAGUAGUAUUCCCUUCUUCCAUGGUCGAUUACACUGUAGAUUCUAGUGUUUUGUCACUCUCUAGUGCCUUCAUGUUCUUGUUUUGUUCUUACAAUUGUUCAAGGUUCAUAGUGUUGACGUAUAGGUAACGGGUACUGUUUUGUUAGAAUAAAUACCUCUGUUUGUGGGAAACAGAACAAGUUUUGUUUGUCCUGGGUAUCCUAAGCUAUAAGUUCAAUUGUUGACUUUUAGUAUUUUUUUUCUUUUUUAUACAAACUUCCAGAUUUGUUCAAAGUGGUUAUACCAUUUUGCAUUCCCACAUAUUUCAGAAAGGGAAUAAUAGGAUGGAGUAGGAUGGUUAAUGCAGACAUAGUAGGAAUAGAUGGUGUUUUAGGUAUAUCUGGUUAAAACUGGAGGGGACUGGAGAGCUCAGAAUCUCACUGUGUGACAAGUGCAGCAUAGUGGUAUUGAUUGCAGUGUUCACAAGAAAUGAGCUUCCUCACCCAAGGACCUCUUCUCUACCAGUACUUCUUCCUUUGCCAAUCCUUGCACAGAUCCAACAUCCAUGGUUUACUCCUCUUCAUCUGAAUCUCUGAAAUGACCCCACAUCCAUGGUCAGUAUCUUGGGACCUUUCUUAGGAAAACAUUAGCUUUGCAGCUGAGAGAAAUCAGUGGGGAAGUCAGGUCCUGUCAAGAUACCUGAAAACUUGGGCAAGCAGAACAUCUGAAUUUACUAUGCUUCUCUCACCAAACAUAUUUUCUCACCAGAGCGGAGUACGUGUCUAUGUUCCACAUUCCAUCUUAUUAUCUUCUGUGUUACCGGGAAAAAGAAAUCUUUCUUAGGGCUCUGUAUUUCCCCUCCAGUCAUUACAUCUCCUGCUUGCAGAGGAAUCUAAUGAAAUAUCUCCCCUUUGGCCCAUGGAUUUUUAAUACUUUUUGCAUUUGAGAAAUCUUAGGUAAAUAAAGCAAAACUUAACGUGGUUAAAGUAUAUCGGUUGGAAACAGAUAUAAAACCACCAAUCCACGUAACCGUUAGGAAGAAAAGAGGAGAUGUGAAAAAUUGAUUAAAAUUUGUCAAAUGUGGAAACAAACCCAGAGCCCAUCAGUGGCUGAAUGGAUUAAAAAAGAUGUGAGAUAUAUGCAAUGGAAUAUACUCAGCCAUAAAAAGAAUGCAAUCUUGACAUUCAACAACACAGAUGGGCCUCUUGAGGGUGUAAUGCCUAAGUGAAUUUAGACAGGAGAAAGACAAAUACCAUAUGUUUUCACUUAUAUGUGUAAUCUAAAAAACAAACAAGCAAAUAUAAACAAAAUUCAUAGAUACAGAGAUCAGAUUGGUGGUUGCUAGAGAUGGGGGUUUGGAGGGUGGCCCAAAUGGAUGAAGGGGAUCAAAGAGGUAAAGACUCUCACUUAUAAAUAACUCAUGUAACAUACAGUCUGAUGACUAUAGCAAAUACUACUGUGUUGCAAAUUUGAACAGUUGCUACAAAAGUAAAUCUUAAUACGUUCUCAUCACAGGAAAGAAAACAUUUUCUUGAUUCCCUAUGGUGAUAGAUAGGAACUUGAUUUAUUGUGGUGAACAUUUCACAAUGUGUACAAAUGUUGAAACAUUAUGUUGUACACCUAAAAUAAUAUAAUGUAUGUCAAUUAUACUUCAAUUAAAAAUGAUCAAAGGGGAAUCCAAUAUAUGUUAUUGAUACCAGAAGAGUAACUGAAUUCUAUGUGGCAGCAACUGUGUUCAGAGCAAGAACAGUGUAUAGAAGCAUGAUUUAUCAUCAAAAUGUUCCAUUCAAUUAAAAAUGUGUUUUUAAAAUUA